UCACGCCUUUAUUUGGUGCUAGACAGGGUCACAUGACCACAAAAUGGUGGAGGCUCUCGGCAGUGGGUGAGCUGAGCAUCUCUGACGCUGAGAGACACAGGCACACAUCCAUGAUCUGAAACCCAGGGCAGGAAACAGAACUGUGCCUCAGCUGUGUGUUCCCUUUCUGGCGAUGAGGGGAUGGACCAGACUCAUGAACACAAGAUGAGUUUUGAAGGGGCAGAAGGUAGACCAGCUCCGCCCACCUCCCUGCCUCUGCAGGGACAAGGGGGCGUGGCCUCUCAGAGAAAGAAGCUGUCGGCUCCUCGUAUAAGUCUAUCUUUGGACCAAAGUGAGGAUGACCUGUUUGAAACACCAGAUGACCUCGACAUCAAUGUGGAUGAUCUGGACACACCUGAUGAAGCAGAUUAUACUGACCAUGAAAUAGACUGGGAAGAGCCUCAAGCAUCUCAGAAUGAUUCUUUUAAAGAAACAGUUGAGCCCAUUCCCACAUACAGUGCUCAGGAGGAGCGGCAGGAUUCCAAACUCUGGAGAACCGUCGUCAUUGGAGAGCAAGAGCAUCGCAUCAACAUGAAGAGCAUUGAACCUUACCAAAAAGUCAUAUCCCAUGGAGGGUACUAUGGCAAUGGCGCAAAUGCCAUCAUUGUAUUUGCUGCAUGCUUCCUCCCUGACAGUGACAGAGAGGACUAUCACGAGAUCAUGGAGAACCUCUUCUUAUAUGUUAUCAGUACACUAGAGCUCAUGGUAGCAGAGGAUUACAUGAUUGUGUACUUGAAUGGAGCCACUCCACACCGGAGGACGCCUGGCUUCAACUGGCUCAAGAGAUGCUACCAGAUGAUUGAUAGGAGGCUCAGAAAGAACUUAAAAUCUUUCAUCAUUGUUCACCCAUCAUGGUUCAUUAAGGCAAUUUUAGCCAUCACAAAACCGUUUAUCAGCUCAAAGUUCAGCAGUAAGAUCAAGUAUGUGAACAGCUUAGCAGAACUGGAGCAGCACAUCCCAAUGGAGUACGUCCACAUACCUGAGUGCAUCAUCAGACUGGAUGAGGAGUUACGGGAAGCAGCAGAGAGCUCUAGAAUCAGCAGCUUUCUCCAAGGAAGUGAGAAUCCACAAGAAUCGAUAGCUCAACCCAAUGCGAGCAGUUCAUAAGAGCCAUCGGCUAUGGGUGCAAGCACAAAAUGUCUGUGAAGGUGUUGAGUAUUUCAAAUUGUAAUGAUUGCACACUGAUAUGGAUGCAAUAAUCGCAUAAUAUAAGAAAGAGUGUAUUUUUGUGAUUUGGUAUCUCACAGUGCUGGGAUGAAAAGUGCAGCACCACAUGUUCUUCAAGACAAAUCACCUCAAAUGUAAUAAUUCUUCUCACAGAACAGUAGCUUAAACCAGCGCAAUGCUAGGAUCAUUCUUUGUCUCUUAUCCUCUUGCAAAAGUUUCUCGCGUUACUUGAAUUAUGCAUGAGAAGGAUUUUAGCAAUAAUAUAAUGUACUUUAAUGUUUCCCCUUUAGACGCAUAAUUUUCACCAUCAGCAUUUUUUUUUUCUAAUUGGAGCAUGCAUAAAGGGUAAAUCCAGUCACUUCAACUGCUCUGUAUUGUUAUUAGUGCAUGCAAAGUUAUUCUCAAUGCACAGCACCCUGUAUGCACUAAUGCCAAUUAUCCCCCCUCUCAUGCUAAAUUGAACACUUGUGGACACAGAAAAUAGAGCACUAGUUAAUUACUGCCAUUGUCAGAAACAAUGUUAGUCAGGUUUAAAUUUAAACAUCUCAUAUCUCAUACACUUUAUAUGUAUCAGUUCAAAAUCAGCAGGGAGAAAUCAUUUGUAGUUCUUAAAUGUCAAGUGUGUUAUGCUAAAAUGCUUCCUCUGUUACUUUAAGCCCAGGCUGACUUCCUGAAGAAAGUAACAUAAGGACUUUUGUGGCUCUUUUAAAACAUUUUUGCAGUUAAACAUGUUGCUCAGCCAAUCCCUGUCAAACAUUAGUGGAUAUUGUCUCAACAGGUGGCUUGAGAACAUUUGUGAAAUCCAGUGCUUGCUAUAAACUUAUGUAGUGUGCAACAGUGCCUGCUCAAUUUGUUUUAGCUACCUUGGUUGUGGAAGUAAUUCAUCCGCUUGUUUUUCCUGUAGGGAUAAAAAAAAAAGAGUCUUAUUAAAGAGACAUAAGCUAUGAACAAAACCAACAAUCUAAAAGGUUAAUUACUACAUUACAAAAUUCGAUUUGAAGCUAAAAACCUCAUGAAGUAUUGCAAAUGUCAGAAUCUAAUCAAUACAGAGAAAAAAAUUAAAUAAAAUAAUCCAAUGUUGGAGAUGUUGAUAUAAUAUAUAUAAUCACAGAUAAUGUAGUUUUUCACUAGGAGUUUCACUGUUAAAAAUAAUUUUAAAAAAUUGAGAAAAAAGUCGAAACAAAGAAUUGCUUUAUCAAAGGCAUAUAUUGAUCAAUAACCUUGGACCUCACAGAAGGUCUAUCUUCAAUGGUUUAUACAUUCUUAAGGUAUUUUACAAGUUAUUAUAAAUCAAUUCUGUAAUGGAGAAAAUUAAUGAUUUUUUUAUUCCGAAACCCAGAUGUUGCAUAUAUUUUUUCAAGUUUAAAGAGGGUUUCAAAACCUCUAACUAAAUAUUUUCAGCGGAUUUGAAUAAUACCACAAAUCAUGUGACUUUUGUGGAGCGGUGUGCCAUUACUUUUCCAAGCAAUCAGACUUGUAUCAAAGCCCCCCCCCCCCCAAUCAUUCACAUGAACAGUUCCCUUUAGAGCCACUAGGGGCGCUGGAAUGACACACUUCACCUUUAAGAAUCAAGCCAUAGUGACGCAUCAGUUGUCUUGGCUCACAAAACUCAAAUCAGUCCUAGAUGUUCCAGAACUUUGAUGUCUUUUUGAGUGUUUGCCAUGUAUAAAGGUAAAAAUAGUUGCCACAAUCAAAAAUCUGUCAAAUCCUAAGAGCAUGCUGUUUCAGAGGUUUUCACAUUCAGUGUGACUUGCUUUGUCUACUUUUGAACUCUUGUCAGUGUGUGAGGGUGUGUGAAUGUUAAUAUGUUUGUUAGUGUGUGUGUGAUUAUCUGUUUACAUGCUGUUAGGUAUCCCAAGUUCUUCCUGCUAACAGGUUUGGGAACUAAAAUACAGGGAUUCAAAAAGAUUGCUAUAAAGCACAAUAUUACG